AUGUGUCAGGACGAGGAAGCUGCGGGUCAGCAAGACAGUGACCAAGGGAGUCAUAUCGCACCUGACACUGACAUUGACUCGAACGAUUCGGCAUACGGUGAUGAUGCAAUCACAGAGACGACGUCGAUUUCGUCCUGGAUAAGAGAUUACCGCAUCGAGAACGGCCGGACGUAUCAUUCUUUCAAAGAUGGAAAAUACUGGGGCUCGAACGAUGAGGAAGCAAACGAGCACCUUGACAUCGGACACAACCUGUACAUGAAGACACUCAAUGGACGUUUGUUUCUAGCCCCCAUCCAUCCCACGCCAUCACAGAUCCUGGACCUAGGCACCGGUACGGGAGCCUGGGCGAUCGACAUGGCUGACAUGCACCCAUCCGCGCUGGUGAUCGGGACCGAUCUGUCGCCCAUCCAGCCGACGUGGGUGCCGCCGAAUGUGCGGUUCGAGAUCGACGACAUGGAAGCGGAAUGGACGUUUGCCGAGAAUCAGUUCGACUUCAUCCACAUCCGCGGCCUGCACGGCUCCAUUACGGACUGGCCGGUCCUGUACGCGCAAUGCAUGCGCUGCCUCAAGCCCGGCGGCUACAUCGAGCAGGCCGAGUAUUCUGCGCAGUUCACUAGCGACGACGACAGCCUGCCGCGCGACGGCGGCAUCGCGGCCUGGAACAAGGUCGGCCCGGAGUGCCACAGGGUACUCAAUCGCGAGCUGCAAGUCCUGGAGAGCAUGGGCCAGCAUAUGAUCGAUGCCGGGUUCGAAGAGGUCGUCCAACAUCCCUUCAAGUGGCCCGUCGGGCCCUGGCCGCGGGAUCCCACCCUCAAGGACCUCGGCCACUGGGCUCGCGCCCACGUCGAGACCGGCCUCGAGAACUGGACCUUGCGCCUGCUCACCUCUGUCCUCGGCUGGACGGCGGACGAGGUCAGCAUUCUUUGCGCCAACGUCCGCGCCGAGAUCCGCAGCUCGAGAGUCCAUGCCGUUCAUCGCAUGAAUAUCGCCUAUGGUCGUAAACCGGCCCCACUAGCUAGACAUGAUUCUCAUUAG